AAAGAAAUGGAGAAGUUGCUCCUCUUGGUAGUGACAAUGGCGGCUACCAUAAAUUAUCUAACUGCAGGUAAGUUGUUGGUUCUUUCAGCUGCUUACACCUUUGAAUCCCCAUCAUACAGUGUGGUACACUUAGAAUCUGAUUUUGAAAUAAGAUUAUAUAAGGAAAUCUCCUGGAUGUCAGCUCCUGUCCAUGGAACUUCCUUUCUAAACUCCACCAGAGAUGGCUUCCACAGGUUGUAUCAGUAUCUUCAUGGGGAAAACCUUAACUCCACCCAUUUCUCCAUGACUAAGCCCGUCUUAACCAGCAUUAGCCCUUCGCACCACGGGUCAUCGUCUUCCUCAUAUACCGUAAGGUAUUACCUGCCUUCAGAAUAUAAAUACAAGUCCCCUCCGCAGCCCUCCGCUGAAUUGAAUUUGCAGUUGGACAAAUGGAAGAGUCAGUGUAUUGCGGUGAGAAAGUUUUCGGGGUAUGCUAAUGAUGACAACGUGGAGAAAGAGAAAGAUGCUCUGGUUUCAAGCCUAACAAAACGUUUGCCAGCGUUAAUGCAAGCAGUGGAAAAUAACCUGUAUUAUAACUACAGCAUUGCACAGUACAAUGCUUCAAAACAUCGCACUGGGCGCAUAAACGAGGUAUGGAUGGACGUAUCGGGUUUCACCGCCGAGGGAUGUCCAGUCUAGCUGUAAAAAGUUGCAACUUAGGAGCCAUAGCUAUGUUGUAAGAUAAGUGAAUAAAUAAAUUUGUUGUUUCAUUUUGAUUUCUCACCAUAGGGUUCCAUAGUUGAAGUAGCAUUCAAUAAACCAGUUUAUACUAAGAGUGCAUGUAACGGUAAUAAUAAUAAAAGAGGUAUAUGAUGAUGAUGUGA